GUAGUUAAUUGUUACAUUUUUCAUUAAAGUAUAAAACUAGUUAAUAGUUACAUUUUUCAUUCAAGUAUAAAACUAGUUAAUUGUUACAUUUUUCAUUAAAGUAUAAAACUAGUUAAUUGUUGCAUUUUUCAUUCAAGUAUAAAACUAGUUAAUAGUUACAUUUUUCAUUCAAGUAUAAAACUAGUUAAUUGUUACAUUGGUCUAGAGGAAGGACGAGCAAGCCUCGGUGUGAUCUCCAUUGAGCGAUCAUCGUAUGAACGAACAAGCCUCGGUGGCGCAGCCGCCACCAUUGCCAAACGGCAACGUUUGGCCUCAGAAGUCUUUUGCUGAUGUUGUCUCGAACAAGGAAGCUCCUAUUUCCUAUACGCAAUCUCGGUUUAAAGGAGUGCCGACCAUCUCCUUCCCUGAAUCAGAUGCUCAUAAAUUGGCGGAAAUCCAUAAGAGAUCUUUGGUAGACUAUUUUUUCCGCGGGAGGCCCAGCCUCUCUUUCAUACGAAAAGCAUUUGAAAUCAUUGGUUUUAAGGGUUCGUUUCAUUUGGGACAUCUUGAGAAAAAGCAUGUGUUGAUACGUUUUGAUUUGGAAGAGGAUUAUUUGAGAUGCUGGAAUAGACAAACUUGGUCUAUUCAGGGGAAUAUUAUGCGAGUCACGAAGUGGUCACCUGAAUUUAAGCCUAAUGUCGAAUCCCCCGUGGUUCUGGUGUGGAUUGCCUUUGAGGGUUUGCCAAUCCACUUGCAUGACAAAAGGGCCCUAUUUGCAAUUGCUGGUUUAAUUGGAAACCCUCUGCAUAUUGACUCGGCCACAGCUACUUUGGCUAGACCCCUCGGUUGCUAGGAUAUGUGUGGAGCUUGAUCUGACAAAAGAAAUGCCUACAAAGGUUUGGGUGACUUGUGGGUCUAUUGGUUUUUUCCAGCCUGUUUGCUAUGAAAAUAGGCCAGAAUAUUGUUCUUUAUGUUAUCAUUUGGGUCAUGCUGCAGCUAAAUGUCCCAAACAGUCAACUGAGAUCUCUCAGGCUAUUGUGCCUAAAGAGAUAUGGGUGGAGAAGGUUAAGAAUAUGCAAGUUACAAACCAUAAUACAAAAGCUCAAGCACCGCCUUCCACAUCUACACAAUUAGUUACAGUCAAUAAUGAAGACUCGGACGAAGAAGAGAUAUUCCUGGACACUGAAGAUCAACCUAUACAGCAUGAGCCAGCACAUUUCCAGCAGAAGAUUGAUCAGCUCUUUCAGACUGCAGCUUCUGGAUCUUUUAAUACUGGCCAUAAAGAUGACUUGCACAUUAAGGAGCUACAAAAGCAGCUGGAAUUGGAUGAAGAUCUUCGAGUAAAGGAAUAUGCCUGAUGGAGUAUAUUCCCGUACACCCCAGGGGUAUCAUAAUCGCCGGUAGAAAGCAUUGAAGGUCCAUCAAAGGCGUAAAAAUACUAAGUCCACAAUCCGAGACAGCCCCCGACCCCGACCGCCGAGGUCGGGAAAACACCAAGCUCAGGAACCAACCAAACUCCGUGGGUAACGAGGUCGACCGACCCCGACCUCAAGGUCGGGAAGAUAUCAAGCUCAGGAAUUAACCAAACUCGGCGAGUCAUGAGCCCGACCUCGAUGCACCCGAGGUCAGUACCAGGUCUGAAUCCGGAAGUCAAGUAUUUGGUCAACGGUGGUCAAGCACCAGGCAGUCAACUAUCGCCAGGACAAAGGACAAAAGGGUGGAUCCUCUCAACACGAGCCCGAGCUCUCAGAUAUUGACCUCAGUGGUCCCCAAGGUCAGGAUAAAGCGCCAUGUACUUAGAUAGAAUCCGCAAGGAUUUGUCUCGCAAGGAGACACCGCCACGUCACCCUCUGCACCAAAGGAAUAUUUUAGGUUAUCCACGUGCAGCCACACGGGACUUCUGGCGGGAAUUCUGUUGGAAGAAUAAUCAAUCAGCCAGCUAUCAAAGGUUCUCUCUCUAAUCAGCUUUACACGUGGCCGCUCCUCAUUGAAUUGGGUUGUUAGUUUGUUAGAAUAGCUUUACACGUGUCUUUCUCCCAUUAGACUAGCAUCUUUGGCUUGGCCUCCAAGUAUUUCCUUUUUUCCUUAGUAUAAAUAUCACCUUCCAACUUGUGGAGAGGGAUGCUUAAUCUACUGCACUCUUGAAACUUAUUGACGUGCACUUGUCGUGAGGUGCACUCAAAAUAAAUAAUACAAUACAACACUUAUACGUAGUAUAGCGUAGUAAGGUUCGUAUCCGCAGGAAAAGGAAUACUUCUCUUUUUAUAACUAAUAAUAAGGGGGGGGGGGUUUAGAUUUGUUGUUGAAGAACUUUUUUGAAUAUUAAAACACAAAGAUGAACGAGUUAUGUGGUUUAAUUAAUGAGAAGAAGACUUGGUUUUGCUUUUAUCCACUUAAUGAAAUGUUCAUCGAUCCCGGUUAUAUCUUUAACUAUCUUCCUCUCGAAUACUCAAUCGAGGAGUAUAUCCAGUUCAUCGAGGGUAGUUAUUAAUAACGAGAAGCAGCUUCUCUCCUGGGUUCUCGCGCCCCACUUCUUUUCCGUUAAUG